AGACCAAAUCUUUCCUUUCCGUCACUUUAAUGGACUUUACAUGCCAAUUUUGACGAUAUAAGAUAAUAUUCUCCUUGUUUAGCCAAGAACGUGCUGGUUUUCUCUCGACAAGGGCCAAUUUGGUAAAGGUGAAGAGAGAGGUGCCAAGGACAGCUUUUAGACGUCGUAAAUAUACUGCUACGUCUCAAAGAUGAGUAAAAAAAAGGCAUUAAAGAAGGAGAAGAACGGAGCCCUAAAAAGCGAAAUUGCAGAUGGAAAAAGGAAACUAGACGGGAUAUUUAAAGGGCUGAAGAAGGGAAAGAGCAAUUCUGUAAGUGCCAAGGAUGUAAAGGGUGAAUCAAAGGAUAAAUUGGGAAGAAAGGAUAAGAAAGGAAAGUCUCAAGAGUAUUCCACGGUUCCUCUAGAGGGAAAAGGUAGACCGACAAUCGACAACCUUCCAGUUUAUACCAUGGAAGAGCUAAAUAUCGGAAAAGGAGGAGACACUGAGUUGUGUCCAUUCGACUGUGACUGUUGUUUCUAAUGUAGUAUAAAUUGUGCCAAGCUCACAUGCAAGUCUAAAUCGUCUUUUUUUU